GACAAAUCUGAAUUAGGGUGUUUGGACUUUCAUAUUUGAAGAAAAGUUCGGUUUUUGCCUAUUAUGCCCUCACGAAAAUCUCAAAAACUCACACGGAUCCAAAAUUCAGAUUCACCGGAUUCGCACGAAGAACAUCAUCGUCCUCCUCCAAAGAGGAGCUUUCAUUUCCAAAUCUGUGAGAUCUCAGACACUUUCUCCUCUCCCGUAUUGUUCGAUCGCGUUGAGGUUAUUGUACCCUAAAUCACGUGUAAUACUUAUCGUCGCAGAUAAUUCUCUCACAGAUCAGGAUCAAACAUGGGUUUCCUUAUAACAACCCUAAUCUUCGUCGUCGUUGGGAUAAUUGCUUCUCUAUGCGUUAGAAUCUGCUGCAACAGAGGCCCCUCCACGAAUCUGCUACAUCUUACCUUGGUCAUUACUGCGACGGUCUGCUGUUGGAUGAUGUGGGCAAUUGUAUAUAUUGCACAGAUGAAUCCUCUGAUUGUCCCCAUUCUAAGCGAAACAGAGUAGAUUCCUCUACUCAGACAAGAACAACCUCAAACUAGAAAAAGCAUGCGCAAAGUCAGUCGAGUAAAAUCCAAUCCUUGUGUAUCUUCAAUCUUUAAACAGUUUUCUUGUUUGUAACUCUUAUCUUGAGUGUGUCAACAAAUCUAAAAACCUUUUGGCCUCUUUACUAUUUUCAAAUUUUCUUGAAAUCACUUCUCAUUCAUUCUUCAAAAAACAAAGCUGGAUCUCUCCCUUUUGAGAUUACUCCAAACACUCCAACAAUGUAUUGUUAAUUUAAUAAAAGCUUUUCAAAGUCAUAAUUUUGAUUCUGAACGGUUCUGCAUCAAUGUGAAACGUCGUCGUUUGUGUGACCCAGAGGUUUAGAGGG